AUGUCUUCUUGCCGAUUUAUAUCAAGCGUUUGGGGUAGAAGAUGUUUGGUGUCAUCAUUUAAAUCUCGUUCCUUCUCUUUAGUCAACGGAAAAUGUUCCAGCGCCAAAAUUCUCACAGGAGAAACGAUGAACCCUUUCGUAAAACAGAUCGAAUAUGCAGUGAGAGGGGCGAUUGUAGAGCGAGCGGGAGUUUUGGAAAAAGAAUUAGCGAAGGUACGUUUUCAUGGUUAUUUUUAGUCCUGAAUAAAACUUAAUCUUACGCAUCUUUAAAAUUCUAAUAUCGCUCUAAGCGUAGGUUUUACAAUUUCGUUGAACGUCUAUGAUCGCAGAAAUAGCAAGAAAACGUGUGAGGCUGCAUGAGUAGUGCUUUACAUGUGGUAUUCGACAAUAAACAUUGGACUAAACUAUCAACCGACUCACUGUGGUGGUUGGUGCGACAUUUAAAGAAGAUUUUUGUGUUGAGUUUGGCCUUCGACUUUGGUUUCUCUAAAAUAUCUAAAAUUUAAUAUGGGACAGGGAAAAGAGGGGGGCAAGGGGGCGUGGAAUUAUAGAAAGAGGGAAAAGGAUGAAACAGGUUCCAUUGGCAUCAUGAGACAUGAACAGUCAGAGCUGAACUCAUCAGAGAUCUAGCGAAAACCAAGUUCUGUUUCUACUUUGCUUACAUUGUAGUGAAAACUCAACUGCUGGAGUCAUGCAGACACAGGAGAACUAACUGGUUUAUUCUUCUGUUUUAGCCUACGAAUGGCAGACAUUUCUUCUCGCUCAUUGCCGCUGAGGGACAUUUCGUGAAGAGGAACGUCUGUGACUCAGCAACAGAAAUUCCAUACUGAUGACGUAAAUCAAUGGUUACAUAAUAAUCCGGUAGUCAUGGGGUUCCAAAUGCAAAUUUGUUCAAUUUUACAUUUCUCCUGGUCGAUUUUGGAAAAGUGUUGUGUUCAUCUGUGAAUGAGUUCCAGCUAAACUCAAAUGCUUCUUCUAGAGAAGACUAUGCUCCACAAAUAUUGACUGUUUUGUUUGAGAUUCAUCGCGUUUACAUUUGACCUUUGUGGCCUUUUGUCUUUUGUCUGUCAUUUGUAAACAAUAGCUAGAACAAUGAAACUACUCCGUCAACCAAUUAGCACUUCUGACGGGAUUCUGCACAGAUUUUGCGUCAUCAGUAUGGAAUUCCUGUCACUGAGUCGCAGACGUUCCUCCUCGUGAAACGUCCCUCAGAGGUGAUAAGCAAGGAGAAACUUCUGCCAUUCAAAGGCUACAUCAAAUUCUGUUUCUGCUUACAAAAUUCUGAAUGACUGGUCCCUCGGGAAACAGUUAAUAUUAACAAAAAAUAUUUUUGUUUCCUUCAAGUCUCAAUGUUUCCCUUGUCAGCCUCAGGAAACACUGAGAUCUGAGGGAAACAAAAUUAACUAUUUGCUGAGGGACCAGCUAUAAAGUGAUUUGUUAUAUAGCUGGAAGUUCAAUAAACCUUGCUGUAAUGAGGGUCUUCAGUCAACAUUUGCAGGUAACAAUGGAUUUUGAGUGCACUGCUACCCUCUGAUGUCAUAAAUUUUGUAAUGUUGCCUGCUCAGAGAUUUUGGAGGGAAACAGUUUCAUUGUUAGAUGUCAUGUGACCCCUAAGUAACCAAUGAGAAUGUAUGCUAUUGGGAAAAAAUUUCCAGCUAUAUAACAAAGUGGUUUUCAGCCGCUUUCCUAUUUCUCUCCUACUCAUCUCGGUCAUUGGAGCAAGAGAGAAGGAUAGGAGAGAACACUGGAAACCAGGUUAGGUGUUUAUGUGAUAAACUCAUUAGUGGAGGAGGACAAGAAAGAACACAUUUUUUCCCUUGCAACAUUGAUUCUGGCAAGCUUUGGUUGCUCCACUUUUUGCUCUGAAUUUUUUUAUUAUUUCCUCAAGGUCAUGGGCAUAAAAGCUCUUAUGGCCUCUUACUCUAACCCCACCAAUCUUAAAAUAUGUAGAGUUUUCUCCAUAAACCAUAGGAAAAGUAUAAACCAUUAUAUAAUAUGUGACCAGACAGCAAUUUAUAAUGUUUAAUUUUCUUUUAACUUUUAGGGGGCACCAAAACCAUACAAAGAAGUGGUCAAAGCAAACAUUGGAGAUGCUCAUGCCCUUGGAAUGAAACCACUUACCUUUCCACGUCAGGUUUGCCAGUGCUGUGUUCAUCAACUAGUUGAAUUACAGCUUCAGUAAUUGAUCGUUAACUUAAGUUUUUUUUUCUAAAUGUAUCUUAGGUUAUUGCCAUGUGCGUUUGUCCAGAGCUUUUGGAAACAUCUGACUUUCCAGCCGAUGCGAAGGCUAAAGCCAGAAGAAUAUUGAAUGAUACAAGGGGGUUUAGUAUGGGUAGGUGCAUGUAGAAUUAUUAACAUCUCAUUUCUCCUGCAGAUAAUGUUGUAUAUAUUAUACAAUUUAUAAUAUUUUUCCUGCAACAAGAAAGUUUAACCUGAUAUUUUUUUAUGUCUGAAGGCGCGUACUCGGAUUCUCAAGGACUGGAGGGCAUUAGAAAUAAUGUGGCCAAAUACAUUAGUGAUAGAGAUGGAUAUCCUUCAGAUCCAAACUCAGUUUAUCUUACAAGUGGAGCCAGUGAGGCCAUAAGGGUGAGAAAUGAUUUAAUGCAUUGAGCUCCACAAGAGCAUUGUUCUUUCUCACUAAUUGGUACAUGCCCUAUAGUGGCUUAACGUACCUCACCUCAGGGCCGUUGCAUAAAUUUCAAGUCGCUGGGUUUAUGCAAUUAGUAGGAGGGGAAUUGUAUAGCAAUGAAGUUCUUUUGGUUCGAUUUUCCCGUUGCUACCUAUGAAAGUAGCCAGGGCUCAUGCUCGUAGUAGACAGGGAAAAUCCGCGGCCCCGGCGGCUCUUAGUGACAGCCCUGUCCCCCUGUGAGCAGAUCCUUUUUUCCACUUACUUGAGAGGCCUAGUAUUUUUACCUCAGUCAGUUUUGGAAAACUGUGGCAUGGAAACUGUUUUUGGAUAAAAUGACUCAUUAUUUUGCUCGGCAACUUAGAUGACUCAGAUUAAGAGCGGUGCAUUUUACUGCCUACAAGUUUUCUGCGAUUGCAGCCUAUUGCUCAUUUAUAACUUGUAAAUUGACAACUUCUAACUGUGCCAUUAAAGACAUACAACAUGAGUGUACCUAUGAAUUUUGGAGAGGGCGUGUUUAGUUGUUGGUGUUGUUUGUAAUUGUUUAUUCUUCUCACGUUUCUUUAUAAUAUUAUUUUCAAGGCAAUAUUGAAACUUCUCCAGACAAGUGUCAAUACUGGAAAUGGUAGAGCUGGAAUUAUGAUCCCAAUUCCACAGUAUCCACUCUACUCUGCAACCCUUUCUGAAAUGAACUCAUAUCAGGUACCAAAUAACCCUGUCAACCCUAACAUCAAAAUUCAAAUUCUCAUUUGUUAUCCCUAUACAUUUUUAAUAGAAGUAGUGGGGAGAAUUUGUUGAAGUAUCAAUAAAUGUAUUAGAUUCAUGUAGGGUGAUCAUGUCCUUAAUUCUCAUGACCACUCUGUUUUAUAAAGCAGUGAUAUUACCAGGAGAAAUUUGAUGCCCAUCACUCUUAGAGCUGAAAACGUCAAACCAGGUCCACUAUUAAAUGGCUGAUGUAGCAUGCCACUCACAAUGUUUAGGGUCUUAGUUUGACUUUGGUCAACUGAAAAAUCAGAAUCAGUAUAUUAAGUGUUUAUUUAGUGUCAUGGGGAAGAUUGCUGUAGCAGAUAAUAUCAAUAUUGUAAUAAUUUAUUUAAUAGUAAACUUGUGAUAAAAGUAAAAAUUAAAACAGACGUUGCCUUUGCAAUGUACAUAGCCCAAAUUAAAAUAUCUGUCAGCGAGUUGAAAAAACAACAACUUGUAGAAUUUCCAUAUAGAUGGCUGUUCUUAGCUACCUUGCGAGCACAGGCUACAUUUUCACUGUGUGAGCUGGCAUGCGCAAAGUAGCCUCUGCUGACAACCAUUCAAUUUUCUAUAGUGGGUGUGCGGAAUUCAUCACGCGUUUGGCAAGCAAAACUAAUUGUCAGGUCUGUCUUCAAAUGGCGCGAGUUUCACAAGAAUAAUAAAAUUGCAACAACUCUGAUCUGCUACGCAAGACUCAUGCAAUGCUCUAAACCUGUCAAGAACAGGAAAAAACCCAUUUUUUAAUUUAUUCAUCCAGAUUUCUGGACAGAUUUGAACGGUUGUCGGCAGAGGCUACUUUUCGAACGCCAGCUAACACAGCAAAAAUGUAGCCUCUGCUCACAGGGUAAUAGCCUGCAUUGCAGAUAUAAUCUAACCCCAGUUAGUAACAUCUGCGAAGCAGCACCGAUAUCCUUGUUCUGGACCCUCAGUGGACUCAAUGAAUUACCAGAAGGGCCGUUCUGAGUCUCCUUUCAUCCUGAGUGGCGAAUCGACAAUGGCUUGUUUAACAGGCCAAUCAUGGUACGUACCCAAAUCCUGGUGCAUGGGUGGGGCCCAAAACAAGGAUUCCGGUGCUGUUUCAAAGAUGUCAGUAACCGGGGUUAGAUUAUAUCUGCAACGCAGGCUAUUACCCUGAAUCCUGUGCAUGCACAAUAGAAAAUUGAAUAGUUGUUGGCAGAGGCUACUUUUCACAUGCCAGCUCACACAGCGAAAAUGUAGCCUCUGCUCACAGGGUAACUAAGAAUAGCCAUCUAUAUGGAAAUUCUAAUUAUAUUUCAAUAAUUAUAUUCGUCUGUGGGGCAGACUAUAGCUAAUUCUGCAGUUCUGAGCCUUCAGACAGGUUACAAGCUGAUGUAUAGUCUCAAUCAAAGAGGGCAUACACUUAAUCUGUAGACUCUACUAUGAUCCAUAACAUUAUCUUGUUUGUCUGUAGAUAAACUAUUACCUUGAUGAAGCCAAUGGCUGGAGGCUUGAUAUUGAUGAACUGAAGAGAUCUUUGAAUGAAGCCAGGCCGCACUGUGUUCCACGUGCUCUGUGUGUUAUUAAUCCUGGCAACCCAACAGGUACAUGUAAUGCCAGAAAUUCUCUGUUUUAAUAGUCCAUGGAAGUAUCUUCAAGUUUUGCUUUUUAUUAUCAUUAGUACAGUGAUAGCGAAUUUUUUAGGAUAAAAAAAUCACAUUUGAACGAACAUUCUUAUGAUUUUUUUAUGUUUCUCCUAGGUCAGGUCCUAUCUUAUGAAAAUGUCAGAGACAUCAUUAAGUUUUGCAAGGAGGAAAGACUUGUUCUACUUGCAGAUGAGGUAGAUAUGCUUACGAUUGUUCAACAUUACAGCAUAAUUUGGUUAUUUUUCCUUGGCCAUAAAAAAUUAGAAAAUGAUCUAUCAAAAGAAGGCGCUUUAUUUAAGUAUAAAAAUGGAACAUAAUUUUUUACACUACCCUUGUUGACAGAGUUAACUUUUUCAAACCUGUAGAUGAUUGGUAGAAAGGCUGAGAGAUUGAAUGCGUAAUUUGAAGGUAUUUUUCCUUCACCAUUACUGACAGUUUUGAUAAAUUUCAUUCUUCAAAUUCAGGUAUAUCAAGCCAAUGUUUAUGGAGAAGGAAUGAAAUUCCACUCAUUCAAGAAGGUUCUGCGAGAUUUAGGUUCAGAUUAUGAUGACUUUGAGCUCAUCUCUUUUCACUCAACAUCCAAAGGAUUUCUUGGAGAGUAAGUCCAGAACUAUAUCCUGCAAUGGCUCUAAGUAACUUUUGGGGAAGAAUGCAAUUAUGCAAUAAGGACUGGACACUAAGUUUUAUAUGCCCGAAAGGAGCCUGGUACUAGUGUAUCUGACCGCCUUGUUCUCGUUUUAUCUUCUUGUUAUUUUUUAGCAAGAAUUGCCAUUUGUAUUAAACAUGGGUCUCUGUAAAAUGGAUGAAUUCCUUUUUAUGAGGAGAGCAUAAAACAAGAACAAUGUGGUCCAAGAAACUAGUACCAGGCUCCUAUUGAGCAUAUAGAACUUAGUGUCGAGUCCUUAUCUUAUAAUAAUUGCAUUCUUCUCUAACUUCCAACAUUACGUCUUUGUUGGAGAUGCUAGUCUUGUGGGUAAAAUCAUGACUAAGACCAUUACAGGGCUCGACAUUGCGACUCACUGGCCGCCAAUGCGACCAAAAAUUGAGGACUGGCGACUAAAUUUUCAGAACUGGUCGCCAGCUGGCGACUCGCGUUUUGUCCGAUGGCUAAAGAAAACCACGACACAACUUUUGUUUUUAAAUCUUUAUAUUAGGAAAUCAAUCGGAUAUGGUAGCUAGUAUCCAACUCACCUUUCUGUCCCCAGUAAAAUAAUGUCUGAAUACUACAAGAUAAUCGAAAAAAUUGAAUGUAUUUCGAAACGUCGAUACUGCGUUCACGACGCGCCAUAUUGUUUCCGUGGCUUCUUCCGAAACUGGGAUCGCAGGCGCACUUCAACACCAUGUGCUUUUCAUUUGCCGCGAAAAUGGCGGCAGAUACAAAUCAGUUGAAGGAAAUACGUGAGUAUUUACGUGCGGGGAAUGAAGAUUCAGCCAAAAGGUUAAUCCAAACUUUGAAUCCUUCAUCAGUUGUUGAUGUAGGGAAAGUGGGCGGUUAAUAAAUGGAUAUAACUAUCACUAAUAGAAAAAGUACCUGAGUGAAUAGUUCUUAACAACGUUUCUUUAUACUUUAAGGUAAGGAGAUAGCGAUUCAAUUCAAGCGGUGCUUCCGUAAACUCCAUAAUAUUUUAGGUUUUACUUUCCUACAACGUUCUGUCUAAAAUGAAACGAAGACCUAAAAAACGGCACUAAGCCCAUUUAUGUUUCCUCCCGGUCGGAGACUGGUACGAGCAAUGUGGUGGCCUGGGCCAAGCAUGGCGUUGUUUGUCGGCAGCGAAAGGCGUCGAGGAAAGCAAGUCGAAUAUAAAGAACGCCAUUUUUCGUAGAAGUAGCAAAGGGCAAAUCGCAAGGACCCGUGUUUGUCUCAGAAUGAAAACCACGGACUUAAAACGUUUUAUGCUUCGCUUCAUUUAAAAUGACUAUGGAGACAACCAUCACCUUCGGACCUGAGACAUAUCACCUGAGAACAACGGUAGCUUUAUAACUAAGUGUUACUCAUGUUGUUUCUAAUUGUUUUCGCUCUUCAGUUGUGACUUUUCUUGCACGCAAAGUAACGUAUAAAAUCGUGUUCUUGUGUAAGGGCCUCUUUACAUGGAGUGGGGGACCCUGGUCUAGUGGGGUUGGUUUCUUUUGUUUUCACGCCCUGGGGGACACAAAGCAAAAGAAACCUACCCCACUAGACUGCGGUUCCCCACUCCAUGUAAACAGGGUCUAAGUUAUAUAUAAAAUAAGCUGGCGACCAAAAUUGACGAUCUGGCGACCAAAAUUUUUCCGUUAGUCGCCAGCUGGCUCCCGAACGAAAAAGUUAAUUUCGAGCCCUGCAUUAUUUAACCCAGUUUUAAUCUAAUUCCCUUUCUUUCUUAGCCUUAUUCAUAGGAGACAAAGGAGAUUGUUGGAUAGCCUGAGAAUAUUUUACCUGCAACAUGAUCCUCAAAAUUUUGACAACAGUGUUCAGUUUAUAAUUUUUUGUUUGAACGCUUAAAACCCCUCCGGUAAUAGGGUCACCUCGUUAUUACAGCCAAAUUCUUUUGGCCCAUUGGUGACCGUAUUAACAGGGUUUCACUCUAUAGCCUAACAUUAUAACUUUCAGACAAAAAAUUCAGUUGAAAUACCUAGUCAAACCUGAUUUCAAGAUAUCCAUUCUACAAUCCCGGACAAAAGUCCUUGGGACAAUACUGCAAUAUUCAUAUUUUUCUGUCAUUUCUUGGUUCCCUCUUAAAACAGUGCAUCCUUUUCGACAUUUUCUUGCAGUUCUCCCUCCUCCCACCCUAUACAAAGUUGAAAAGUCUCGGAAAAAAUUCUGGAUACACCCGUCCAACAUUGUUUGUGGGGUGAGGGGAGGGGUUGGACCUGUGUGAAUUGGAAAAUGCCCCAGAAAUGCAAAAGUGUCCCAAGACUUUAGUCCAUGAUUUCAAGGUAUCCAUUGUAGUCACAACUGUCAGCUGUUAGUCAGUUUUUUAAUCUGUCCCCAUUACUGAUGCAUGAACAGGACUUCCUAGUUUCCUUCUUGUUAUUAAAGUGGUGAAUGCUUAAAAUGUUUUUCAUUAUUACCUUUUCAUUUUCAGGUGUGGCUUCAGGGGAGGGUACAUGGAGAUUGUGGGAAUGGAUAAUGAGGUCAGAUUACAGUUAAAAAAGAUGAUGUCAGCAAAGCUUUGCUCUUGCAUUACUGGUCAGGUGAGGGAAACAAUUCUCUGUGCUUUCUUCCCUUGUUUUUGGAAUACUUGAUCAGGAUACUAUCUAAAUCAUUUAAUAGCUGAGAGGGUUAGUGAUGGUACAUUUUCAAGGUUUAAAAUUUUUAUUUGUCAGGAAUGUCUUCAUGUAUUAAGUGAAUAGCUAGCUUAAUGAACCUGUGUCUGUUGAAGUUUUUCUGUAAGGAGUUGAAAACUUGAUCGUCAAAGUUAUUUCUUGUUAUUAUAAAUUAUGCUUUUCUUCAGGCCAUGAUGGACUGUCUUGUUAGCCCCCCUCAACCUGGAGAUGAGUCAUAUGACACUUUUAUUAAGGUAAUUGCAUGCAUGAAAUCCUCCUCUCUUAAAACUUUUAUGUACAGGGCUAAUGUAUAAGAUCUAUGUGGUUCAGUUUUAUUCUUGCUUCAGCUUUCAUUUUCCUUUUAACUGUUUCAGUCAUUGUCAUAUUACACCAAUUAAAAAAUAUUGAACCACAACAUAAAAUAAGGCAUCUCAAAAAUAAUACUAAUUAUCUCCUUACCAGAAAAUAAUCGGUUCUUGUGCUUGUUUAUAAUGUGCACCACUCAGGCAACUAGUGGAUAUAUAAACAUUUUUUUAUUAAUUUGCAGUGAAACUAAUUAAAAUGCUAUAACUUUUCUCUGACAGUGUGGUGAAUGUUUUUUUAUGUUACCAUAAACAAGUGGAGAGCCGUGGCAGAGUUAUUUCACUUCUAAGAAAUGUAAACUAAGAUAAAAGAACUUAAUGGGAAAAAAUUAAAUUAAAAAAAACAACGAUCAGCCGAGAAAUAAAUUAUAAAUUUGACUUUUUUGUCAUAAAUUUGUGUAGUUUAAAACAGAGAAUUAUAAAAAACACUAAAUUAUCAGCUUAAAUUUUCUAUGCAAGUAACUCAUCCUUAAAUUUCACAUUUUAGGAGAAAACAGCUGUUCUUCAAUCAUUCAAGGAGCGAGCCAAACUUGUUGCAGAAACCUUCAACUCAAUGGAGGGCUUUAAGUGUAAUGAAGUGAUGGGAGCUAUGUAUGCAUUUCCACAAUUAUUUCUGCCUAAAAAGGCUCAAGAUGAAGCCAAGGUAUUGUUAUUUUCAAGUUAUUAUUUUGUAUUGUACAAGAGAUAUUGUCUGAUAUUUAUAUAUGGCUGCAUUAGUGAGCACGCAAGAUUGAGUGAAUCUUGUGUUCUGAUUGGCUACGUAAGUGGGCACGACCACUCAGGCUUUCCACCAUUGAUCCCGCCAGGAAAUAAUACAGUAAUAAGGCCAAUAAGGCCAUUUAAUAAAAUUUGUUCUUUUUUGCAUCUUUACUGGCCUCAAAUUCCUCUUGGUCCAUAAAAGCACAAAAAAAUACCUUGGCCAUGUAUCCAGCCAUUUCGAGAUCACACUUAGAUGAUGCAAUUAAGGUUACAAUUCCUAGGAUCAUCAACAUCUUUAUGUAUAGUUUCAAUCAGAUGGUACACUGCUCUCUAGAACCUCUAAUUUCAUUGGAUCUUCCAUAGCACACAGCUGACUAUUCUGUUACGGCUACGUAUAGGGUCCAUUGUAAUAGUACGUUGUUUGCUUAUUGUUUUCUCAGCCAUUCCUGUUAGGCUUUUAGGAGCUAUUGUACCGUCCCAUUUCAGUUGACACUCUGAAGUUAAACAUCUUGUUCUCAGAAGUUCUGACAAUUCUUGUUUUGAGAUGUGAAUUAUGGUGUUGCAUUACUCGUGUAUUUAAAUAUGGGGAAUUAGCCCUUUUUGACUAUUGCUUGAUCAUCUUAAAAUUGUGAAUACAACAGUAAUAUGAGCUAUUGUUAUUGUUUUCCCUGUCCUAACAGGCUAAGGGUAUGCAUCCUGACAGCUUUUAUGCAUUAGAGUUGCUUGAAAAGACAGGACUAUGUGUAGUGCCUGGCAAUGGUUUUGGACAGAGAGAUGGAACAUUCCACUUCAGGUAA